UCUUAUCAGCGCCUGCACUCUUAUUAAACAGUACAAUCAUUCAACCCAAACCAACCACACAGCUUCAAUUGCUUCUGCACGUAUUGAUAAUUGCAGCUGAAAUGGGGAAUCAUCGUCUCGUCUUUAUACUAUGUCUGAUACUUACUUGCAUAUCUUUUGCCGACGUGGAGUGCGUAAAUGAAUGGAUCAGAAACCAAAUUCAGCCAUCAGCAAGCAACAAGCAAUUUCCUAAGAAUUUUUCCUUUGGGGUGGCGACAGCCGCCUAUCAAAUCGAGGGUGCGUGGAACGAAGACAGUAAGGCGCCCUCCAUUUGGGAUAUAUACACUCACGCGCAUCCAGAACGAAUAGCCGAUCAUUCAAACGGAGAUAACGCCGCUGAAUCUUAUCAUCGCUUCGAACAGGAUUUGGUUGCACUCAAAGAACUUAAGGUCAAUUUCUAUCGGUUUUCUAUAUCAUGGUGUAGAGUGCUUCCCUACGCAGAUACUUCGGUGAAAAAUCAAAAGGCGAUUGACUACUACAACAUGGUUAUCGACAAGUUAUUGGAGAACCAUAUCGAGCCGAUGGUGACAAUGUUCCACUAUGAUACGCCCGAAGAGCUGUCAAAAUUCGGUGGCUUUACCAAUGAUAUUGUCAUCAAGUACUUCCGCUCCUAUGCAGAUUUUCUGUUUGAAACUUUUGGUGAUCGCGUCAAGAAGUGGAUUACAUUCAAUGAACCGUUUGACUACUGUGUACCAGGCUAUGGCAAUGCGAAUUAUCCACCAAUGAUCCAUGCACCGGGAGUGGCAGACUACUUAUGUAUGGACAAUACUUUGCGGGCUCACGCAUCUGCUUAUCGCCUUUACAGAUCCAAAUAUUUCCACUCGCAACGAGGCAAAGUGGGCAUUACCAUUAGCAGCCGAUUUUAUUAUACCCCAAAGGCGAAUGAGUCAAACGACGUUGUGGAUAGAGCGAUACAGUAUUCGCUGGGCUGGUUGGCGCAUCCCAUUUUCGGCAAAUCAGGCAAUUAUCCCUACACUGUAAUUGAAGACAUCACAAGCAAUAGCAUGAAAGAAGGUCUGGCCUGGUCGCGGUUACGACCCCUAAACUUAUACUGGUCGAAGAUAAUUAAAGGAUCAGGGGACUUCUUAGGCCUUAAUUAUUAUACCUCCCGUUACGUCCAGAUGUCGGAUCCUCCGGCAGGGGCAACUCCUUCUUGGGAGCAUGAUUCGCGCCUUAAAUAUUCGGUUGAUGAGAGCUGGAAACGUGCCAAAUCUGAUUGGCUUUACUGCGUGCCUCAGGGCAUGGAGGAUAUUUUAAAAUGGAUUCGUGAUAACUAUGAUAACGUUGAGGUAUAUAUAACGGAAAACGGCUGGUCCGAUGAGGGCGAAUUAAUGGACACAGGCCGAAUUGAUUAUCUUAAGGUAAUGCAAAAAACGUAAUCACUAACGUCAUAC